AUGGCUCUGCGAUCCGUCUCUUGGCUGACCCCGGCCCUGCUCCUUGGCGCCUGUGGGGUCUCUCUCGGCUUCGUUGCUCCACGCUCGCCGCGAUUCAGCGUCACCGGAGAGGGCCAAAAGAGCAAGGGGCCUGGCGCCACGCAACUGGCAGCUUCGACACAGGGCCAGGACAGCCACAGCCAAGACAGCAGGCCUGUAUGGGCGUGGGUGGCCUUGGCGACCUGUAUCGGAGGCGCAAUGCUUCGCCGCACCGGAACACGGGAACAGAGCGCAAGCUUCUCGCGCAGAGAUGCUCUUCUGGCGAGCGGUACCUCGCUGCUUGCACCCCAGGCUGCCUUCGCUCAGUACCGGAUGGAGGACCGCAUCCCUUAUUUCCGUGAGAAGGCACGAGUUCUGAACUUCGCAGCCGACUGGUACAUGUUUGACGUCAAGCCUUUGGUCCACCCGACCGAGAACCUGGUCAGCGAAGAGAUGUGCAAGGAGAUGGGCGCUGCCUGCCCAGAUGCUCGUUCCCUCGCCAGCCUUCGCGAGAUGUACAAGGGCAAUGUGAGCCAGAAUGCCGGUGCCGGUGCCUCCGUCACAGUCUUCGAACGGAACAUCCUUUAUCCCAUGAAGGACGUGUCCCUGAGCAAUGCGGUGGAUCCAGACACCUCCGAGGAGCUGCAGCAGAUUUUCCAGAAGUUCGAAAUCAACCAGUAUCAGCUGGGGAAGGCUGCCCGCGAGGAAAACAUUACCGCCGCGCGGCAAAAGUUCGACGAAGGGAGGCUGCUGAUGAACCAGUUCUUCACGAAGGUGGACGAGAGCGUUGGCUUGAAGGCUGGGGAUGAGAUCUACUUUGCCCCGAUGCCGGUGGACAACAAGGCCACGGAGACCGACAAGUACUGGAAGCGACGGGGGCAGAAGUGGGAGGUGAAGAAGAAGGUCGACACGCUCUCGAAGAGCAACAAAACGGCACGCUUCUAUGCGAAGUCCAUCUUUGGAGAGGACGCCGAGGGCUUGAGCUGGGACGUGCGAGGUGACAGGGCCGCGGAUUUCUACUCCGGCAGCUAG